CUGAAGCAACGGUGCCUGAAGUCGGCUGGGCCCUGCGGGGGAGUUUCUAGAUAAUGAAAUCAGUUCAUUCCAUAUAUACAUACCCGAGUCGCAGGCUCCUUCCCAGCCUUUUAGGUUCGACUUUCAAAUUCAACUCCUUGGAAUCGUAGUCUACUUAUCAUCGAGUACGCACCUUCUUGGUCUGUUUCGUCCAGUCAUGGGUAGUGGAUCGCCGACCGCAUAUCUUUCAUGGGCCAUACUGGCGUGCUUGUUUUCCUGCUUCCUCGUAUUUCAUCUUUGGAAUUACGAUCGAUUCCAAUGUCUCAAAUGGAGCGAGUCUGGCAGACAGCCUGGUGCAUUCAAACGGUUUAUGUCGUACACCUAUAUAGCAACCUUGACUCUCCUCGUGGUCUUCAGCGUAGCACUCACAUUCAUAAAAUUCAAAGAAGGCUAUGUCAUCACCCCAGAAGGGAGCCUCUUUCCAAAACCUAUCGAGUUAUAUGCACCCAGUCACAAAAAGUGGGUACUGCCUCUUCUGUUUGUAUUUAGCGUAGCGUGGGCUUGUGAGAUCGUCACACACUGGGAAGAAUUGACAUUCUGGCUCUUCCUCCUCCAUCAAGGCCCUAGGACGCGUCUAUGGUUUGAUAGUUGGGAGUUCCGAGUUUGGCUACUUGGCACCGUUGUAGCGGGGCUAGGGAUGCCCUUGACCACUCUUAUUGCCCGUCGGCAGCUUGAUACGUGUCAGGCCUGGAUAUUCCUGGUCGGAUCUUCUGCAUCGAUGACGACUACCAUUUUGUUCCUGUAUGUUCUUGCAAGGUUUCCUGAAUUCCUUCGUCGAGUAAAAGUGGACGGAGGAGAGCCAAGCAUUGUCCUACGUCUCGUUAUGUUUUAUCAAUUAAAUUUCGGACGCGUCUUGUUCAGGUUCUUAUUUACUAUUCCGCUGUUUAUCUUGGCAGUGGAUGGUGUACAAGGAAGUCAUCCGAUCAACCAAGAUCCUUUUUGGUCAGAUUUUUUGAUUAUGUUGGGUGGAAUUGGCUGCUUUGUCUCUUCCUUCAUCACACUUUUAAUAUUCUUCCCCCGGUCACUCACCCAAGAACUGGGUUACACGACUGCCCUCAUACCGACGUCCAUAGCCGACAAAACACAGAUGCCGACAUCCAAUUGUGUCCCAAAUACCCAGCACAUCUCUUCGUCCAAGAACGUCCCCACGACCAUUGUCCGUGCACCUUCUGUACACUCAUCAGAACCAUCUCAAAGCGAAGGCGCGCCCGAGUACGAAGAUAUCACCCAUCGUCAUUCCUGCGAUGGGCAUGUGCGAAUAAGAAGACAGACAUGGGAACAAACACCGGAUACGGAGGUACAGCCUGCAAACGGACAGUACCUCGAGACCCCCUAUAUGUUCGAUCGGCACUCCAGAGGCCUGGUGAGGCCACACUCUGAUAGUAUUGCCAUUGGUCUGCACCCUUACGUUCGAACAUUCCGAUCACCGAUUGAUAUAUGCGACAUCGAAGAUGAUAACCACUCACCAGCACGAUAAAUCAAGGCUUCCAUCGCUCUCACAUGUGUUCUUGGCUCAGCGUCGUAUAACCAAUUUACGGUAUAUGCCGUUGAUUAUUUUUGUUUAGCUCAAGUCGUUGACCGUCUUCCACAGCUUUCAUCUAUUGCCAUUCCCACACCUACCGCUUACCGCUUGUCAUCUAUCGACCUAAUGAUACAUUACCUCCAUCUAUACCCCCGACGUUCGGCUGACAGCCAUGCUUUCAAUGGCAAUACGGUCAUCAUGUAGUUAUAUCUUGUACUUUUAAGUAGAAUUACGGGCUCAAAACAGUUUUGUUUAAC